AUGGAGAAAAGUAAAACGGACAGCGGGGGCAAAGAAAGUACACGCCUCGAACGCCACGAACAACUCAAACGCCACGAACAGACGCACAACCUGGUUCACAUAUCCAACGUGGUUUUGAGUGACCACCUGAAGGGGGGCCAAACUGAGGGAGGGAAAUAUAGGGAGGAACUUAGUCAGCCCAUUGGUAGCUCUUUGGCAAUUCCCCUUUUGGAAAAAAUAGACAUUCGGGACUUUGACGAGUACAUUCGAUACAUCACGAAGAUCAACACGCUGAGCGACGUGAACAUUCGCAACGUGGAAGAAAUUAGCCUCCACCAUUUUGAGCGCAUUUUGAGGACCACCUCCUCAACCGAGGGGGGGGAGCAGCACAAGGAGCUUCUUUCUCAGGGGAGAGGCACACAACUGGGGAUUUGGGGCCACUCGGGUGACUCGUCCAGCUUCGCCCACUCGAACGGCCGGUGCGCCUCCCCCCAAGCGCAGCCUCUCUGCGAACCCAACCAUGACGCGUUGCUCGCAGGUGAUGCCUGGUGCGACCUGUCCAGCCUUUCGCGCCAGCAGGAGAAGCUGAGCGCAGCGCUGGACGACAUCGACCGCGACAUUAACGCACUGAUCCGCAGGGAGUUCCAAAACUACCUGCUCAUAAUAGCCAUUCUGAACAAGCUAAAAGGAGAAAUCGAAAGUGUGCACGACGAAAUUAAAACAUUAAGAGAACACGUCGAUGAUGUAAAGGAUAUGCUAUUAAAAAUUAUUCAUUUAAAAAAAUAUAACGAUUUGAAGGGGAAGUGUAAACAAGUAAAUCGCCUGCUGAAGAAAUUUCUACACUUUCGAAGGUUAAUUAUAAGGGUGAAAAAGUUUUUGCAGAAAAGGCAAUUUUACCACUGUCUUGUUGUAGUGAAUAAGAUUUUUAAAAUUUAUUUUUUUUUUAAAAAGAAAACAAAACUUUUAUAUUUUCACAAAUAUUUUUGUAAUUUUAAUAUUUCCUACUUGCAAAGUUUCCUGUCUCAGAAUUUCCUUUUUUUGUUUUUUUUCCACUCCUUGUUGUUUUUGUUUCGACCCCAGGGGGUGAGGAAAGCUCCACUUGGUUGUGCGCACUUGGUUAAGAAGUGGGCCCGUCCGCGGGUGGGGGGUUCCCACGCGAAGAGAGAUACCUGCACUACCCUGGGGGACACCCCCCCGGAUCAUCUCAACCGCAAUUAUCACUUCUUUACCGCUCCUCCCAAAGCAAAAAUCGACAGCUUUGUAAAAACGCACAAGCGGGUGAACGAACAGUUUAUGCGCGACUUUCACAGGAAGAGAGAAAAAUUUGUCAAGUGCCGCAAAAGGGAGGAAGCGAGAGUCUAUGUGAAACGAUGGCGUCGGGGAGCCUACUCCCACGUUCAUAAAACAAUCAGAACGAGAGCAACCUUUGACCGCCACCUUGCUCACUUGAAUGACUUGUUCACCCCCGCUCUCUUCUUUAACAACUUCUUCGAGUCACUGCGAAAUUUCUGCAAAAGGGAAAACUACUUGAAGCACUUUGUGGACGAUCUGUUUUACGGCGUUCUGCUCGAGACCGUCUCGUCUUUGCAACGCGAUCAGUUGUGUAACUUCGGGGAGAGGUCCCUUUUCUGCUCAGAGGAGGUGGCAGCGCAGUCGGCCAAGUCAGAGGAAGAGGAGAGUCUACCCCCCGAAGAGGCAGCCAAGUCAGCGGAAGGGGAGAGGCUACCCCCCGAAGAGGCAACUAUACAGUUAGACCCACAUUUGAAGCCCCCCAAAGGAGGCAAACCAGGAAAGACAAAUCAGCCACUAACCGGAGAGAGUACUAACCAUGUGGAGGGCUACCCCUCCGGAAGGAUAACCCUCACGUGCGAGCAUCUCGUGAUGGACAAAUGCAGAAAAAAAAAAAUUCUCACCUUCGAUGAAGACACAUGGAACGAGCUGCACAGACAGGUGGGCCUUCUCCCGGUGCCCAAUUUAGUGCAUCUGUUGGAGACCUUUUUUUGGAAAAUAAAACUUGUUCGGAGGAGAAUCAAUAAGUGGGCUUCAUUUUUGAUGGGAAAGAUCGUUUGUCUGCUUUGGGACGGCACGUUCGCGGAGAGCUUCGCGAGGCACACGCCGCACCUUACGCAGGAAAGGUCGACGGGAAGGCCAAUGCAAACACCGAUGCACACCCUCCCCUUCUGCAGAAGCGACAAACCGUCUCACAUGCUGAAAUGCGCGUUCGCCAAAUUGUGGAAAAGCUACCGAGAUGUCCACCACGCCCUUUUUAAACUCCUCCUCGAAAGGAUAAGCGAUGUAUUAAACGUUAGGAGAAAAUGCAAAAUGCACCUCGGCAUCAACCAGGUGAUUUCGCUCUACUGGGCCAUUUCCCCCAUGUUAUCCUUCGUCCGCAGGAAGGGAAGAAGAUUACGGCAGGAGUAUUCCCUUUUUUUUGUCCGCAGUGUGCACCGGGUUGUGAGGAGCGUCAAAGUGUCUCGGACGAUGCUCCUGUGGGGGAAUCCCCAUGAGGGGAGGCAACCCCGCCGGGUGAAAAUAACGCUGAAAAGGAAUCAACUCACCAUCGCCAAAAAGGUGAAGGCGUUGAACUGCAAUGUUGGUACGUCACUGGGUGGGAGAAUAAAGCUGGGGGAAGUGCCCCUUGUUUGUCUCCUCCCGAGGGAAGAAGCGAAGCAUUGUGAGGAGCAAGCACAUGUACGUAGCGAUGUAGUGUACAAAUCGAAGGGGGGAAUAACACAACCGGGUGGCCAAUUCGACGCGCACAGGGGAGAGGCAUAUACGUUGGACCCUACGGGGGAGUGUCACCUGAGGUGCCCCCUCCCCAGGUGCUUCUCACCCGGUAGUGCGAACCUGCGAGUGGGCAGUCAGAAGCUCCACGUCCCGCGCAGAGUAUGCGGAGCCAUACUGAGACGAGGAGAAAGGGAGAAAGCAAAUUUGGGCCGUUUCCUCCAACGGGUAAGCAAAAAGACACCACAUGGGAAGGAAGCCAAGUGGAGACCCACCCAUGAGGAGAGGAAAUUCUGCAGACAAAUCAAGAGGAGCAUCAGAAACGAGUCGUUAGUGGCCAUAAAUCACUUUUAUGAGUUUAAAAAAAUACAAAUGGAAAAAUCUCUGGAAAUUGAAAAGUGGAAUGUACUGGAGGAUAUUCCACACGAAAUAAAUGCUCAGACGGAAAAGUAUUUCAAAAUAAAAAAUGAACAUACAAAUAAAAUUUGCUUUAAUGAUGAACCGUUUUACUUAACCAACAGCGGUGUUUCUUUCCUAUGCAUCCUCUUUCAGUACAUCCACUGCUUCCUCUCUCUACCGGACGUUUCAUUUGAAAUUGUUUCAAAAAUUUUAACCUUCUACGAGAAGCAGUUGCUCAAAACGGUCUCUCAUUUCAUCAUGGAAGGUCACGCCGUUACCAACUGCACGCUCAAGAGCAUCACCAUAAAGACCCUGGCCCUCGUCAUUCACACCCUCGAUUUUGCCGACUCCACGCUCAGGCGAGUUUAUGCCAUUUGGCGCCACCUCCUGCGCGCCCGCCAGGGGAAAACCCCCGCAGGGAUAAGCGGCCAAAUGAGCUGCCAAGUUAGCGGAGUGAUAAGCGUCCAGGUGAAUGGCGAGAUGCUGCCCAAUUCCCCUGCGAGCAGAAGGGAGGACCCCCGAAAUGGGCAAACAAACGGGACCCCAUUUGCAGAUCACCGUAGAGACACCCAACUGGUAAACGCGACAACGAAUCUGUGGGGAAAUCCCCAACGAAGGUACCCCCCUGGGGAUACAAAUGAAGCGCAAAAUGGAUCCUCCCCACACCCGGACGACAAAUGCACCAAAGGGGAAAGAACACCAAAUGGUAAAAGGACAAACUGCGGAGACACCACCAAAAAAUCACCUUUAGAAAAAAAUGCGAAACAUACUCAUGAUGAGAUAUUACAAGGGAUGGACACCGACUGGGUGGCCAGCGUUCUGGCAGACUUCGCAAAAUGUUUGAAGCACCCCACCCCGCGGAACCGUAAUGGCAUCCUCCGUGGCAUCCGCCUGUCGAAACGGGAUGAAGAAAAGGUGAAAGCAAAUUUUAAGCAUGUACUAGAUAAGUCAUCCCUUUUGAAGAAAAAGUUAGCGGAAAAAAUAAUUGACAUUUUAUCUUCUCGAUUUGAUUACUACACGAACAUCUGGCUGCUGUCGGACAGCCUGCUGGAGAAUCACUUGGUGAAUUCCCUUAGCUACGAGUGUGAUAUACUGCCCUACGGGAUGCAGCUGCGCUCCACUUUCAAGCUCCUGACGACCUACCUGCGCGAGGAGGACACCAGGAACAUCUACCGAGAGCUCUUCCAAGACAUCGCGAACCGCUUCAGCCUGCGCAUCAACGUCCUCAAGGGAAACGACAAGUAUAAGAAAAUUAUCUCCAGGCUGAUGGACGAGUCCACCCCAGAAAGGUCCCCCGCGGGGAAAUCCUCCGCGGGGAAAUCCUCCGCUGGCAAAUCCGCCGCUGGCAAGUCCCAAAUUGACCAACUCAUUAUGCACUACCACAACUCCGAACUGAAGGAAAAGACCGCUCACAACAUUCGCAAAAACGUCGGGGACAAAAUCCUCAUCGACAUGACCAACGUCCUAAUCAUUCUCUACAAGGCCCCCCUUCUCACCGACAUAAUAGAAACGUUCCUAAGCGAUUUUCUAAAAAUCUGCAAGUCCCACUGGUACGUAACGGUGGACCCCUUUGUAAUUUUGAGCAAAUACAAAAAGUACACCCACUUGGGGGAGUCACCCCUCCAUUUUUAG